AUGGAUGGCAAUAACUUCAAUCCCGGCUACAACCCAUACUCGCAGGGUGCGCCCCAAAACCUUGCCCCGCAGAAUUCGAGUCAGAGCCAACAGCAGCCUCCGACUGCACCUCAGCAACAACAACAACAACAUCAGCAACAGUCGCAGCAGCAGCAGCAGUCGGCGGGUCUGGCAUCUUUUGGUAAUAUAUCUGCGCAGAGCCAGCAGUCGUCCCAGCAGCAGCAGCAGCAACAGCAGCAGCAGCAGGCAUCACCAUCGCACACGAUUCUACCGCCGCUGCAAGGCCAGCAGGGACAGAAUGGCUUCCCUCAGUUCGGCUCACUGUCGCAUGCAUACCCUGGCAACCAGCAGCAGACCAAUUCGCCGCAUGCUUCAUCCAAUGGCUCAAUGGCUCCCAAUGGCUCCGGCGGCUACCCAAACAACGGUGGCAUGCUACCACCAUCAUACAACACCCCAUAUGGCAUGUCACAGUCGAUGAUGUAUCCCUCGUCCACCGCGACCUCGAUGCCGUCGACGAGUUCCACCGUCGGUCUUCCCACUAUCCGUCCGAUGCCUCCAGGUGGAAACGGUCUCAACGGCCUACCCAGUCUAGCAAGCGCUGGUCAACUUGGCCAAGUGGGCCAGCAACCAUCUUUUAUGCAGAAUGAGGAGGCACCAACACAUGUAGUGGGAUCUCAAGGCAGACGCGGUAUCCUGCCUAGCGCUCCAGGUCGUCCGAAUCCGCCUGCGCAAGGCAGCGGCCAGGUCGCGAAGAGCAUGAUUCCUACAAAGGAUGCUGAUGGCAAGUUUCCGUGUCCUCAUUGUAACAAGACCUAUUUGCAUGCCAAGCAUCUGAAGAGGCAUUUGCUCAGACACACUGGUGAUCGACCGUACAUGUGCCACUUGUGCAAAGAUACUUUCAGCAGAAGUGACAUUCUCAAGCGUCACUUUCAAAAGUGUUCGCUACGCCGUGGCAAUCCGACCGGUGCCAACCACUUGGCUCAUCAGCGCCGAAACACCAACCCAGGCAACCGUCUUUCUAUGCCCGAGCAGAAUGGUGCAAUUGGCCUUGCAAGUAUGCCUGAAGUCGCUGGUGCGCCCAGCUACACCCCAACCGUGGUGGGUAGCAGUCCAAACGUCAAUGGCGACAUGUCAGCGCGCUCAUCACGAGCCAAUAGCUUGAUCUCGCCCAGCAACAUGAACCACCGCAGCAGCAUAGCUGGGCUGGGCAUCCUAGCCUCCAACSGGCAGAGCAAUGACCAUCAGAUGACCACUUCGGGUCCUUUUCAGCCGGGCCUAAGUGCCUAUGCCAUGCAGAACGCUGCCACGGCAAACAAUGCACAAAUGUCACACAACUACCCUUUCAGCAACCCACAGACCAACGGACAGCAACAGAUGAAUGGCCAGCAGAUGAACGGCCAAAUGUACAGCAGCAACCCCCAGAACCCACAACAGAUGAAUGGCCAAAUGUCUUUUUUAGGCCAUCAGAGCUCGCGCUUCGAAAACAGCCAAGCGAACAACCACCAGCAGACUCCAAAUGGUGAUGGUAGCGGCGUCGAUUGGACCCGCAUGUUCACUCAAGGUGGCCAGGAUGGCUUUAUCGGCAGCCAGCCUGCGAACGCGAGCUCGCAAGGAAUCACUCACAUCAAGACCGAACCAGAUUCGAAACCAGACUUUCCCCUUCACAACGACCUCAACAACGACUCUUUUUUAGGUAGUCUCUACUCGCACUCCAACGGCUUUGGAGGCGAGGAGAGCGAGAACGKCAUCCCAGGCUUCCCCAAUUGGAGCAUGGACGACCCGUUGCAAGCCAAAGUGGACAAUCUGGUGGUCCACUGUUUCCCAAACGGGACUGACGCCGUAAGGGGCAAUGCCGCGGCAGAUCUGAUGCAAUUGUGUCUGAGGGUGGAGAAUGUCAAGCACUUUGCCGAACACUACACCUCCUUCCACGGACACUGGCCCAUCUUGCAUAUGCCUACCUUUAAGCUGACGGAUGCGAACAACAACUUGGUUCUUGCAAUACUCUGCAUCGGCGCGGUGUACAGUCCCAAACUCACCGUCCAGCAGGUCAGACAGAUGAUGGAGUUUGUCAAGACCACUGUUCAAAGUACCAGCACCGUCUACAAUCGCACUCUCAGCGGACAGACUCAGGGUUUKGGUAGCCAACCGUUCGAGGUUGAGGAGCUUCAGGCGCUUUCAAUGCUGCAAACGAUCUUCAUGUGGCAUGGAGAUCCUGUUCAGAGAGAGGCGUCCCGUGCCGAGUUCCCCACACUGGUUCGCAUCGCCCGGUCGAUGGAUUUGCUCCAGAGCGCCCCACUCGGGCACUACGCCUUCAGCAUGCUCCACUCUCUGCGCAGCUCGCAUGCAAGCCAAUACCAGGCACGCGAUUGGAAUUGGCAUGGUUGGUUGGAGCAGGAAAAGCGCAACCGGAUCUUGUACCAGCUCUUCACCACGGAUGCUGCCAUGGUCAUGUACUUCAACAACUCGUCCGAGUUUGAACCACUAGAGAUUCGCUUGAUGCUGCCGGCAGAUGACGCCGCUUGGGACGCCGCCAGUCAAUACGAAUGCGCAAACGCUCUUGGCCUCAAUGGGCCACACGCACAAGCCAAGAAUAUGACUGGAACUCGUCGGAUGGUGCAGCCCACCAUGCGAGACGCGAUGCGCACCUUGCUCGACCAAUACGCUUCAUUCCAAUCCGGGACGACGAACGUGUACUCCAAGUUCCUGCUCAUCCAUGCAGUCAUUGUUCGCAUCAUUGCCUGUCAAAAGGCCUUGGUGCAUCCCAACGGAUCGAUGCAAAACUUCAACUUGGGACUUCACGGUAGCACUCCUGCGACGCCUCUCUCCCAACACGACUGGCUCGAGCAACGCAGCACAUCCCACAGCGGUAGCGGAACACCGACUGAUGCAUACAAUUGUGACACGUACAAUGCGUCUGCUCAUCAGGAAAAGCAACGUCUCAGUCAAGCUCUCGAAAAGUGGAAGCGUAGUUGGGAUCAUGACAUGGAAUUGCAAUAUCCUCCCUCGCACUGUCACCAACGACGCUUCGGCUUCAGCAGAGACGGAGUUCACUUCUUCUAUCUUGGUCGCAGCUUUUUCCAAUCCAAGCAGGCAUCCGACUGGACCGUGACUCCCGAUUCGCGCUUCAAGCGUGUCAUGGCUUUGCUCAAACGCAUCAAGAGUGUUGUGGUAGGCGAUACUGAGAGCAAGGGCCAGGACAUCGGCUCCGUCGGUGACAUCGACGACUCGUAUGGUGUGGAGACCGACGCCGAUAAUCUCAAUCUCGACAUGAAGCUGCUUUUCAAGCCGUACAACAGUCACUUUGAUAGUCCCGUGGUUGGCGUCCAGACCCAUCCGGUCUAG